AUGCUUGGGGAGGACAAGACAGCUGCACCGCUGGAGUUGAUCCGUCCCAUCUGCACGCGGCUCCUGUCUCUCCUGCAAUCCACCCGCUGCACCCUGACAGCCCGCUCCUUCCCGCUCUCCAGGGAAAAGAAAAAAAAAAGUAGGAGGAGCGUCAGCCAGAUCAAGAAUCAGGAUAGAAGAGAGGAACAGGAAGAAGAAGAAGCCUACACCACCACCAUCACGGGUUCAAUACUGUGGUUUCUCCUCUUUCUUUCCCCUUCUCCGAUAGAUACACCUGCCCUUCCCUCUCCCCUCCUUCUAUCUACCCAUACGCCCAUUACCCUAUCCACCCACACCCACAACCACCCACACCAUAGAUACUCUCACUCACUCACUCACUCACUCACCACUCCCACACUUACCGCCACCUCCCCUCAGAGCUUCAAAUGUCCUGGAAUCCCCCGCCCAGCGGCAACAAUCCCCAUCCAAACGAGUGGUCGCCAGAAGAAGACCGUGAAAAUCUCGGUGGGCAAUCGUCUGAAGAAGAAGACACUGCCGAGAACUACCACCGGAGACAACAACGGUAUCCGGAACAACCAGCAUCAGUAUCAGGAUCACCUAGUAUCCACCAUCCUCAUCUCCAGCAACAUCCCCUCCACCCCCAGCAACACCAUCUCCAACACCAACACCAGCAACACCAUUCUCAUCAUCCUCGACAGUCUCCCCCGCCUCCCCCGCCCCCUCCCCCGCCCCAAUCACACCAACAACCAGCCCCCCGUCAAAGAACGGCAAUUGCGUGCAGAUAUUGCCGGAGACGCAAGAUUCGCUGUUCUGGCUUCGAAUCUUCCCCAGAUGGCUCAGGCGUUUGUACCUGCCCAUGCAGCGUUCGGUCGUGGUGCGCCUGGUAGGUCAUCUCAACAGAUGUUAUACGGGGCACACGGCCAGCCACUCCCCGCAAGUUAUAACCUACCGCCCCCCCCUCCUCCGCCUCCAAUGGAUUUUCACCCGCCGCAACAGUACCCGCGCCCAUCCAGCCCUGGUGGAUCUAACCGCCAUCCCCCUCCGCCGACGUACAAUCACCAGUACGAUGAGCGAAUGCCUAUACAUGAUGCAGCAUCAACAGAGCGCAACAGGGCUCUGGAAUUACACCCGCCGCUUCUACCGCCUCCUGUAUCCGGUAAUCCAGGUCAAUCGCAUUCCCACCCGAGGCGUGGAUCCGCAGGUGAUUAUCCAAAUCGCUACGGCCGGAAUGACCCGCCCUCCCCUUCGUCCCAUCUUGUACCGCCUCAUCCCGCGUAUUCCCCACCACCACCAGCGACUGGACCACCGUCAACCUAUCAGGGUCAAACUUACGGCCAGGGUCCACCGCCAUCAAUCCCGGGGAACUACUAUCCGCAGGCGCAAAGCUCUGUCUCAAACACGAGCCAGCAGCGACCUAGGUCACCUGUAGGAUACCAUUCCCCGGGUGAUCGCUCAAGCGGCUCGCCGCAUCCGUUCCACCCACCGAUGCAAUACCCGCCGAGACCCACGUCCUCAGGUCCUAAUCCGAGCAACCCGAGCAACCAUCCCAUUCCUUCAAUGCAGCUGUCCAAUUUGAUCGACCCAGGACCCCAGUCGCAAAUCACGAAUCGGAACAAUCAACGGUCUGCCGCGGAUGGGGACAUGUUGGAUAAACUCAGACCGAGGGCUCCUACAUAA